GAGCCCAGCAGCGGAGCGAGACGGACGAGCGCCACCGCCUACGGCCUACCCACCAGAAAGCGGCGCGGCAAGGCAAACCCUAAUCCCCGCGCGCCACCGCCUCUCUCUCUCUCUCCCGGCGCCCAGAUCCGGCCCUCGCCCGCGAUGGCCGAGGCUCCGGCGGCGAGCCGCAGGGCGGAGGAGGCGGGGAGCCGGCGCCGCGCGGAGGAGGAGGCGGAGGCGGCGGCCGCCGCCGACGGGGACGGGGACAGCAGCGUCUACACCUCCGAGGACGAGGGCACGGAGGACUACCGCCGCGGCGGCUACCACGCCGUCCGCCCCGGCGACACCUUCAAGCAGGGCGCCUACGUCGUGCAGUCCAAGCUCGGCUGGGGCCACUUCUCCACCGUCUGGCUCGCCUGGGACACCGCCCACUCCAGGUAUGUGGCCCUGAAGGUGCAGAAGAGCGCACAGCACUACACGGAGGCUGCCAUGGAUGAGAUCAAGAUCUUGAGGCAGAUUGCCGAUGGCGACCCUGAAGACUCCCGCUGUGUUGUGAAGCUUCUUGACCACUUCAAGCACUCAGGCCCCAACGGGAGCCAUGUCUGCAUGGUGUUUGAGUUUCUUGGUGAUAACUUGCUCACCCUGAUCAAGUACACGGACUAUCGCGGGAUUCCGCUUCCGAUGGUUAAGGAGAUAUGCCGGCAUGUGCUCAUUGGCCUUGACUACCUCCACCGCGAGCUUUCCAUUAUCCACACGGAUCUGAAGCCUGAGAAUAUAUUGCUCGUGUCCACCAUUGACCCCUCGAAGGAUCCCCGGAAGUCAGGUGUGCCACUGGUGCCCCCUGCUGCAAGGGCCAUCGAGCCACCUCCAAGGGCACCUGCUGCACCAUCAGCUAGUAGUGGCCUCACCAGGAACCAAAAGAAGAAGAUCCGGAAGAAAGCCAAACGUGUAGCUGCUUCAACUUCAGAAGGCAAUGGGGCAGUGGCAGCUGUUGACACGGACGAAUCAGAUGAUAAGGGAGAUUUGAGUACAGCAAAUGAGGGCAGUCCUAGCGAGGAUGGGGACAGGAAGAGAGGCGGGGGACAUAGGCGGGGCAGCAAAGGGACUAGGAAGAGGAUGGCGAUGGAAGCUGAACUAAGCUGUAAGCUUGUGGACUUUGGGAAUGCAUGUUGGACGUACAAGCAGUUCACAAGUGAUAUCCAAACAAGGCAAUACAGAUGUCCUGAGGUCCUUCUGGGCUCCAAGUACUCUACAUCUGCUGACCUGUGGUCCUUUGCAUGCAUAUGCUUUGAACUUGCCUCAGGAGAUGUGCUCUUUGAUCCGCAUAGUGGAGAUAACUUUGACAGGGAUGAGGAUCACCUUGCGCUUAUGAUGGAGCUACUUGGAAUGAUGCCUCGAAAGAUUGCCUUGGGUGGCCGAUACUCACGUGACUACUUCAAUCGUUACGGGGACUUGAGGCACAUCCGUCGCUUGCGGUUCUGGCCUCUCAGCAAGGUGCUUGUUGAGAAGUACGAGUUCAGCGACAUAGAUGCCAUUGCCAUGUCAGACUUUCUCGUCCCGAUACUUGAUUUUGUUCCCGAGAAGCGUCCUACAGCCGCUCAGUUGCUCCAGCACCCAUGGUUUGAUGCUGGGCCCCUUCGACGGCAGCCCAGAGUGCUGGCGGACACAGCUGAGAAUCCAGUUGAUGGCGCUCCAGAGAACAAAGGCAAGGAGAAAGACGAUGAAAGAGAUGCAAUGGCUGCGGAGCUGGGGAACAUCGCCAUAGACGGCGCUUCUUCAUCCAAGAUAGUGAAGGAUCCCCAAGCAAGCUCCAAGCAAAAGAUUGCGAAUGGUACGCCUUCUAAGAAGAGCUCCGGCGAGGUGCGGCGGUUCGCGGCGGGGACGACCGCCCGGUACGCGCUGCACGCGGUGAACCGCAAGCUGGCCCCCGGCGCCCCGGCGGCGCUGCACGUGGAGGCGGCCAAGGAGGGCGAGGAGCCCGUGUGCUUCGGCCCCACCGCGCCCCUCGCCGACUACGGCCGCGGCUGGCGCCUCCAGACCGUCACCGAGCAGGACGCGCCGGGCGCCCAUCACCACGCGCACCACGCGCCGCCGCACGGAGACGGGGGGAAGGGGGCUCGCGAGAGGGAGCUGCUGAGGAAGAAGGGCUCCUCCGUGUACCUCGCCAAGAUCGGGCUCGCCUUCGUCUUCCUCUUCCUGCUCGGCGGGCUCUUCACCUACCUGCUCGAGACCAUCCCCGACAUGAUCCUCGCCUCCACUCCUCCUCAGUCCAUGUAGCAGAAUUUUCGAUCCAUUUUGUCAUAUUUGGAAGGGAAUUCGUGUUCCUUUGUGAAACUUGUACCAGAAACCACCACAGCCGAUCAAACAAUUCUCAACAGCAACACCAUGACGAACGAAUUCGUCUCCUGUACAAUUUUAAUUUUCUUGUGUAAUUGUUAGCCCGCAUUGCGAAGUCCAAUUUGGUGUC